GCAUGAGCCAGCAGACUUGGCCUCAAAUUGAGAUUUUAAUGCAGCAUCCUAGGACGCUUUCUAUGCUCCACACCUAUUUUGAAAUGAAACAACAGUUUCCAUACAGCCAGCCCAUUAAAAUAAGGUACUUGUGGUUGGGCUCUGCUGGGAUGGAUGGAGGUGGGGGAACCUUCACACAGAGGGUGCUUCACCCGACCUUACUGCUAUUCAUUGAUACCCAAACCCCAAGGGUCUGUUGCAUUCGGGGCAUAUUUGUGGUGUCCCAAAGUGCUUCUUGGGGCUCAGGGUUUGUUAACCCGAUGUUUGCUAAUUCCUGGGGACUCCUACCGCCGAGCCAGCCAUAAAACAAAGUUAAACCAGCGAGUUGCAGAAGAGACAAGGGCAAGAAGCCAGCUCCUGUGGGACAAUCACAGCACUCCGUGAUCAGGGCAUGUUUCCAUUAUCUCUAAACUCGGGAAUGGGUCAUGUGAAAUUCAGGCGCAGGGCAGGCGGGAGAGCGAUCCGGGAUGGGCUGGCACGCACUGGGCACUGAAUAAGCUUUUGUUUAGUGAACGCAGGAGCCACCGGGCGUGCUGGCUUUCACGGUCCCUCAGCUGUGACAAUUCCCCUGGGGAGGCGCCACCUCCCUGUGUCCUGGAGAAAGGCGUUCAGGGAGUGAGAAGCAUCCCUGGGUAGGGUGGGGGAUGCUGGUGAGAACCAGGGACGCCCUGUGGGCCCAGGGCCAGUCUGCUUUACAGAACGAUUGGGAUGCGAACACGAUGCCUGCUCUCCCAGAUGAUACUGCGAAUCUAUAAGUACAGAUUUAGACACACGUGGUGGACGUGUUCUCCUCCCCGGGGAGACGUUUCCAGAGCAGCUCUUUGUAGCCCUGAAGAGGACGCCAGCGAGUUUUCCAGCCUAGGAGACGGCGGGGGUUUGAUUCAGGGGUGCCCGUGGGAAGGAGAGGGCUGGGUAGUCCCAGAACCUCCUGACUGUCCUCGACCCCCGACUCUCGGCACGCUCCGGAUCUCACUCCCGGGAGGGCCCGGAGGAAACCCAAGUUGGGUGCCAGGACUACCGGGGCGGCGCGCUGGCUGGGGACCUCUGCGAGGACCUGUGUGUGGCGAGAAAGCUGCUGUUCCAACGCUGCCUGCACUACGACAGGGGCAAGAAGGUGCUACAGGCCGACUGGCGCGGCCGGCCCGUGGUCCUCAAGUCCAAGGAGGAGGCCUUCUCCAGCUUCCCGCCCCUCAGCCUGUUGGAAGAGGAGGCAGGGGAGGGUGGCCAGGACAUCCCCGAGGCAGAACUCCUCCUGAUGGUGGCUGGGGAGGUCAAGAGCGCUCUGGGCCUGGAGCUGUCCAACAGCAGCCUGGGGCCAUGGUGGCCGGGCAGGCGGGGCCCGCGCUGGCGGGGACAGCUGGCCAGCUUGUGGGCCCUGCUGCAGCAGGAGGAGUACGUCUACUUCAGCCUGUUGCAGGACCUGAGCCCACACGUGCUGCCUGUGCUGGGCUCCUGUGGCCACUUCUAUGCGGUGGAGUUCCUCGCCGCGGGCAGCCCCCACCACAGGGCACUCUUCCCCCUGGACCGGGUCCCAGGUGCCCCUGGGGGUGGCCAGGCCAGGGCCAUCAGUGACAUCGCGCUCAGCUUCUUGGACAUGGUGAACCAUUUUGACAGUGACUUUUCCCACCGCCUCCACCUCUGCGACAUCAAGCCAGAAAACUUUGCCAUCCGGAGCAACUUCACAGUGGUGGCUAUUGAUGUGGACAUGGCCUUUUUUGAACCUAAAAUGAGGGAAAUCCUCGAGCAAAAUUGCACAGACGAUGAAGACUGCAAUUUCUUUGACUGUUUUUCAAGAUGUGAUUUACGAGUCAACAAGUGCGGAGCGCAGCGCGUCAACAACAACCUGCAGGUCAUCUGUGACAAAAUAUUUCGCCAUUGGUUUUCCGCACCUCUCAAGAGUUCUGCAGUCUCUUUCCAGCUUCAGCUGCAGUUACAGGAGGCGGUGCAGGAAUGUGCAGACCCUGGGGUCCCCAGCGGGAACACCCGGAGAGAUACCCCCAGCGUGUUCUGGAAGCUUCGCCGACUCCUCCAAGCCACACUGAGGGAGUUGCAGGAGGCAGAGAAGUAGCCACUCUCUGGCCUUCAACAUGCUCACACAGGAAAAGUGACCUUUGCUGGAUUUCUUCUGCCAUUGUUUGAAAGAUGAGCCAUUUCCCCUGUGCAAAUGAGUGUUCUCUGGGGUGCUGUUCUGGCCUCCACAGUGUGGAGUGGUAAGUGCUGCUGCCAGAGACGAUGCCUCCCUCGCUCUGGUCCCACCCUGGCCUCUGACCUGUCGCCUUGUGUAAAAGGAGGGAGGAGGUACAGACGUCCCUUCAGGAGGGCCCUCAGUCAGAAGACACAAACCUGUGUGCCAUUAUUCUCUGCAGAGAGCACUCGUACCUGGUUAUCCCAGCGAGUUCCAGCUGUUCUUUCCUGUAAAUCGUUACAUUAAAAAGUGUGUGCGUGCAUGCAAAUGAAUGUGUAUGCCUCUGUCUGGGUGCAAAUGAGCAUGUGAGCAUGUAUGAGUGUGCCCGUGAGUGUCUGCAUGUGUAUGAGUAUGCACAGGUAAGUGUGUUCAUGAGGCCUAUGAGUAUGCCUGAGUGUGAAUGUGUAGAACAGUGUGAAUGAGUGUGUGCACAUGAGUGCACAGGUGUCAGCAUGUGUAUGUAAGUGUGGGCGUGUGUAUGUGAUUGUGUGAGUGUGGGCAGGUGAGUGUGUUGGGAAUGUGGUUUGGGGUGGGGAGUGGUGCUUUCUCUAGUGUGUCCUUCGGAACAGCUUGCCUACCUAGCAAAGAAGUGUGACCUUUCUUUUGGAAUUAAAUACAAUGAAAAGAAAAUAAAUUGCAUCCUUAGGGAAUGUAAUUUGCAUUGGAGAGCGUGUGUAAUGGCAGCUUAUGGUAUUUUUCAUUUUGUGGAGUCUACCAAGGUUAUGGAUGGGGUUUUAGGGAGGCUUGUAUUGCAAUGCACCUUCCCCUGGGCAGAGACUUGUAGGUUGGCUUGACGCAGCAUUGUCUUCACCUCCAGUGAAAAUCUACAGUAGUGCAAAUGCUGAGGUCAGCAUUGACUCCAGGCAGGACCAGAGACCAGCACCUUUCUUUUGAUGGACUGAAGACCAAGUGAUAGGCAUCAAGUCAUACUGCGGCAUGAUAUGCUCAUCAGUGGUGAUCCCAAGGAGGCUUUUCCGGCAAAAGACAGACAGGGGGAUGGACCACGUGGAGCCAGUGAGCUUUCACUUAAAGGGACCUGGCUUCUACCCAUACCUGUGACCCAUGAGUGCUCAACAAACCAACGGGUCACCUCUUUACAGAAAUCCCAUGAAAAGGGAAAUCGAGAAAGAUGAGAGAAUCAGGAAGUCAUGUUGGCAGUUUACACAUUAAAGAAGACAAAUUAAUCUGACGUUGUGAAAGUCACAAAUGGACACAUUCCAAAUGAUCUCUUACCCUGGCCUGCAGCCCCUUUCUAAACCAGAGAAACGGGAGUGCCUGCUUCCAGACUUUGGGGUCACAUUUACUGACUCUGCCCCUCAGGGCACGCUGAGAAAUGUUGUGUGAAGGACUAGGAUGAUCAGAGGCCCCCAGCUCUAAAUUCUGUCUUCCCCAAAGACCUGUGGGAAGGCCCACUGUCAGCUGCCAUUCUUACCCAUCACCACUGGGGAUCUUCCAAAUGACACUGAGUUCCACAGAGGGCCUCCGCAUCAUGGACAUGAAGACUCACUUUGCAAUUGUAUUCUAGCAAGAAGAAAAAAACCCAUGUCAGUCACCCUGCGGCACAAGUAAAUUAAAACCAAAGUUCGAUGGCCA